UUUGGUCCCUCUACUAUAGGAAAAAGCCUUUUUUUGGUCCCUGUACCGAAAAAAUUCCCUUUUUGGUCCUUACUGUUCACAAAUCCGACCCCUUUUUAGUCCUUCCCAGCGAACGUCUCAGCCGUCAGGUGUUGGUACGGAUUGAAAUCCGACCAGAAUCCGGCAUGAAAUCGGGUAAUUUUGUACGGGUAUUUGGAAACUCGGGUUGAAUUGUAACCGGGUAAUGCGAAAUUCGGAGAAACGAGCCAGGCAAACAGCCCUUAGGUAUUGCAUCCCUAUAAAAUGUUGUUUAAGGGCAACGGAGGAGUUUUUUUCCCUGGAAGAGUGCGACGGACGAUCAAAAGAUGAUGUAUCCGAAAGCUGAUUCAAUAUCGAGUUUUUCUUCAUUCCAAGUGAGAUGUUGGGAGAACAUGCAAACUGGAGGAAAUGUUGCCAGUAUGCCUAAGGCAUUAAUCUCACAUGACCAGCUGAUAUCCUUUGACGGAUGGUAUUGUUCAUGCAUUACUAUCAGCCGUCAGGAGAUGGUAGUAUUGAUGAAACUUAGCAUGGUUCGUAAACUUUGGAUUCCUAGCAAUGUUUUUGGUGAGACAUGUGUAGUAGAUUCCUAGCAAUGCUUUUGAUAUACAAGAGGAUGGCUUAUGCAGGUACCCUUCGCACCAGAACAACCUGUAUUGCUCGAAGAUGCCAACCAUCCUUUGCCUCUACUUUUGCUCAACACAGGUCUUUUGGAGCUGGGCUUUCCAAUACCACUGUGUUAGGUGGCUUUUUCCGAGAGGGGAGGCGUUCCCACUUUCCUUCUCUUCUGAGCAAUAGUUUCUCAUCCUACCGGUACAUGUCAACUAGCAUUGGUGUUGGGUCAGAUAAGAUUUGGCUGAUGUGUGAUGCUGUAGAGGUACUUAAGGAUACAACUGUCAAAGCAAUGGCUUCUCUGAUCUCUAUGGUGAACAAGGUUGCCAGAGCUGCUGUUGAUUCUUUCUUACCUGCAGUCUUGCACCAUUUUAUUAGCAGAGCACAUUGGUUGGCAGAUCUAACAACCACAUGCAGUUCAUAUACAUUGCCAAUUUUGACAGUACUGACUUUCUUGAUAAGAAUUGAGCCUCAACUCAAACGAAUCAGAGAUGCUAGAGUUAAUCGCCUGGUGAAAAUUAUGGUUACUGUGUUUGUCACACUUCAAGUUGCAUUGGUCUGGAGAUUCCCGAAGGUUAUACUUUACUAUUGGAUCACAGAAAAUAUGGUCGCCAUCUUCAACCAUCAAGACACUUAGAAGUUUAGAAACUGGAGUUCGAACAAUGGUUAAGGCCCUGGACUUGAUGCAUAUUUACUAUUGCGUUUUUUAUUUGAUUCAAUAUUUCGGAAGGUCUUCUUUCCAUUUUUUUUUUUUAAAAAAAAAAAUUAAUAGGGAAUUAUUUUUUUAUUUUUUGUUUUUAUAGAUCUAAUGAUGGUUAUAUAAGGGGAAAUAGCUCUCACUUUUUCCCAAAUCCUUUCCCAGUAGGGGUGAGUAUUUUCGGGUAUAGAUCAAGUAUGAGUUAUAUUUGGUAUUUAACUUAAAAUUUUAUAGGGAUGACUUAGAUUUGGUAUUUACUAAAAUAUUUAAAGACAU